CACGAAAGAGAACUUGCAGAGAGAGAGUAGAAGCGAGAGUUGAAUGGCAGAGAUACCAGAAAGAAAGAAAAGAAGAAUGGGAGACAGAAGAGGAAUGGAAACCAAGCACCCGACUACAUCAACAAAGUGGCCGCUCAUUAAAUCCAAACAAAAUCUGCAGAUUACUCGCCUCAAAGAUACGGAUCUUUUUACUGUGCAAAAUUUCUUCACAUCUGCUGAAUCGAAGGCAUUUAUUAAAGCUGCAGAGUCUAUUGGAUUUGUCCACCAGGGGAGUCUUGGUCCAACAAAAGGUGAAGCUUAUAGAGAUAAUGAUCGAAUCUCUGUGAAUGAUCCUGUUCUUGCAGAAACCAUAUGGAAGUCUGGAGUACACAAACUGUUUUCUGACAUUAAAAUUCGAGGAAAGGUUGCUGUUGGCUUGAAUUCAAAUAUUAGGUUCUACAGGUACAAGGUUGGUCAGCGCUUCGGACGACAUAUUGAUGAAAGUGUUGAUCUUGGAGAGGGAAAGCGCACCCAUUAUACAUUGUUAAUAUAUUUAAGUGGUGGUUUUAAACUUAAAGCAAAAAAUGACACGAGUAGCCCCAAGGAUUCUUCUUCAGAGCCUCUAGUUGGAGGAGAGACUGUCUUCUAUGGUUCAAGGAACGCGGUUGUGGCUGAGGUGGCUCCUACUGAAGGGAUGGCUCUCCUACACAUUCAUGGGGAUAAGUGUAUGUUGCAUGAAGGGCGUAAUGUAACUAAGGGUGUUAAGUAUGUUGUCCGCUCGGAUGUAGCCUUUGCCUGAUGAGUGUGGUCUCUUGGAUUUAGCAGGCUUGGUGUGGAUGCCAAGUUUCUACUGUUGAAUUGGCCGACACAGCAAGCUGAAGCUACUAGUGAAUAUCUGUAUGGCUCUUUUAAUUCUAUGAAGGAUGGCUCCCAAAGAAAUAUCUUGAUUUAUUGUCCGUUCUGUUUGUUGGCAAAUAGUAGCAAUGUGAAUUUUCCAUAUGCUCUGCUCGUACAUUUCCCAUUAGUCCUAUGCAAAAUGAGCAUUUUCAUA